AUGAUUCCCGAUGGUGGCCACCAUAGUAGACCAAUGGCUGCCUCGAGUUUCAGCAGCAAUACGUCCUUUUUUCAAGCCGCUCCUGAACCUCACCCAAUGGGAAUGAUUUCCCCCGAGAUCGUAUCUUCCUUCAACACAAGCCCAACGAAUGCAGGGGCCGAGUACAGUCAUCCCAUGGGUCAUUUCGACGCCUACCUGCCUGGGGACUUCAAUUUCAUGCCCUCCAAUUCAGCUCCACGAAUCGUGGGUAUGGUGGAAGGCGGCGUCGACUGGCUCAACCUGGAGUUUGAUUCGCCCAACAACGCUGAUCUCCAAGCUCAGUAUCAGACGGGCGGUUUGCAAGCCGCUUAUCCUAACCCGCACAUGUCUACAGCGGUAGCAGAGGCCUUGUAUAACAGGAACCAGCAAGCAAUACCUGCGCAGUUGAUGCCAAUACGAAAUCAGGACUCAGAACGCAAGGCUCCUAAGUCCUCCGAAGUGCAGACCGCUCAGCAAUGGCCCUUUGAUCACACACGGAACCCCGAGAGCCAAAAAUGUCGGCUGCCGCCACUACGAGAUAUCCUGCACGGUACUGUACUGUCGAAUGAACCCGAUAAUGGUGUGAUAAUCAAAAGCCUGAUACAACUGAUGUCUUCGCCUUAUUUACCCGAGAUGGAUCUGUCUCUCGACGUGAGCAUGAUGUCUGCCUUGGAUCUUUUGAAGAAUUCCUUGGAACUCUACUUCUCCGAGUUCCAUGCCGUCCUACCUCUUGUACAUAUCCCUACGUUCCAGCUGACCAAAGUUCCGACUGUCACUCUUGCGGCCAUGGCUUGCAUUGGAGCGAUGUAUUCCGAUGAUCAACAAGGGACAGAGCAAUCGUGGUCACUGAGUGAAAUAUGUAUCCAAAUGAUUGCAUAUCUAGGAAACGGUGAUAGCACGAACUUCUACAACUCACCAUAUCUGAUAGCAAAUUGCCUCCACCAGAUCUACUCUCUAGGCUCGGGUAACCGUCGGCUCUAUCAGAAUGCAGAUUGUUCCCGGGGCAUAUUGAUUGGCUGUCUUCGCGGCAUGGGCUUACUCCAGCCGCGAGUGAGCACUGAACUUGAGCGAGAGGACCUCAAAAACACAAUAUCGAACGAAAAUGUGGCCGUCGAGUGGCUGCGAUGGAAGGACCAGGAGCAGGAGAAACGUAUUGCUUGGUCUUCCUUUGAGUAUGACUGCAGCCUCUGCACACUGACCGCAAAACGGGGAGCGGUCGACCUCCCAGAGCUACCUCAUCUCCUACCGUGUGCCGAACCACUGUGGGACGCCCCAUCGCCCCAGGCUUGGGCGGCGCUCUACACGCGUCUGACGCCGACAGCUCGGGGAGCAUCCACGGCCAAAAUGCUGCGCAACCUGCUUGCUGGCAAGGGUGUGCCGGAAGAUCUGCCGGCAUGGAGCAAAAGGCUGUGUGCUCAGAGCAUUGGCCGACUCCUUUGGGACAUCAAACAGCUCGACAUUAUGGCCACCUCCGAGUAUCUACGGCUGCCAUCUCUAGCUGCAGCCCAGCGACAAACAAAGAGUACUCUACUCCAAGGCCUCAACACGCUUACCGAGUCGAUGUACGCUCUGUCUUCUACUGCAGAGUUGAUCCACUACAACCUGACUUCCCUUAUAUGUCACUAUUCCCAUCUUUACAGCGCCGACGAAGCCAUGGACUUGGUAGUGCACAUCUUUCGCACAUCGGCUUCGCACUCGAAGCAGCGUGAUCCAAGUCUGUCCUCCGCUAAGAAGCGCCUUGCUGCAAUCCUGGCGAAGAAUCCUCACAAGGCCCGUAAUUUGGCAUGGCAUGCGGCACAGAUUAUCGCUGUGGCUAGCGAGUACCUGGUCUCCGCGCCUUGCGAAAUCAUGCGGGUUUUCAUGGGCUAUAUUUUUAUCCUCGCCUUUGCAAAGUUUGGACCCCAGUCGUCUCCGGAAACGAACUACGCCUCCUGUCCUGUGCGUCUCGACCUGUCGAAUCGGAUGGACGGACAAAGAACGGCCAUCGCGACCUGGAUCGAGAACGGCGGACCCUGGGGCAUUGGCUCGGUUGAGAGCAUCUACAGCCCCGGUAGCCUCCAUGCAAUCAGCGAGGAAGCACGAGCAAUGCUCCGCAAGAUGCGCUUUUGGGGUCUUGCGAAAAAGUUUAGUCGAAUUCUCGAGAGUUUCGAUUUCGAAGCCGAUUGA